AUGCAUAUGUUUCGGUUCUCUCUUAGGGACAAGGCUAAGUGUUGGUUGAGGUCCGUGAAAGAAGGAUCCUUAACAACAUGGGAAGAGGUUACCAAAGCAUUUCUUGGGAAGUUUUGUCCGCCCGAAAAGACCGCGGAAUUGAGAAGGAAGAUUACAAGCUUCACUCAAGAGGAUGAUGAAACCUUAGGUGAAGCAUGGGAAAGAUUCAAGGAUCUAAAGAGGAAGUGUCCACACCAUGGGUUGCCUUUAUGGAUGAUUAUUCAAAGCUUCUACGACGGUCUCACUCCUACCUCAAGGGCAAAUCUUGACAACGGAGCCGGUGGUAGUCUUAAAAAGCUACCGGUGGAAGAAGCCGAGAAUAUGAUUGAAGAAGUUGCAAGGCAUUACGCCUAUAGAUAUGAUAGAAGAGAAAGUCAACCGAAGAAGAAAGGUAUGCAUGAGUUGAGUGCAAUAGAUCUCAUUGCCUCAAAGUUUGAUAUGCUAGCUCACAAGCUAGACCAAGCAACCUCCUCAAGCGGUACCUCCUCUUCACAACCACAACCACAAGUCAUGUCUUGUGAGACUUAUGGGGGUAAUGAUCACAUGGCUUCAUAUUGCAAUGCUACUAAUGAGCAAGUUGCGGCCGUGAACCAAAGAAAUGAGCAACCUUUCAAUCAAGUUGGUGAGAUGAAGCCAACAAGAAUCUCAAUACAAUUAGCCGAUAGUUCGGUUAGAUUACCAAUGGGAAUACUUGAAGAUGUACCGGUACAAGUGGGAAGAGUUUUUGUAACUUGUGACUUUGUGGUGAUGGAAAUGGAGGAGGACAACAAGGUUCCUCUAAUUUUGGGAAGGCCGUUCUUGAACACGGCGGGAGUGGUAAUUGAUAUGAAACAAGGCAAGCUAACAUUGAAUGUGGGAGAUGAGAAAAUUUCUUUCUCAUUCUCGCAAGCCAUGAGGAAGCCUAUGUAUGAGGAUAUCAAUAGAAUCGAUACUCUUGACCGAGAAGUGGAGGAAUUGAAGAUGAUGAACAAUAGCAAAGAUACUCUACAAGCGAUCCUCACGGAAAGUUUGUACAAUGAUGAUGAUGAAGCUAAGGGGUACAAGUUGUUUCUAGACCAACCCCUACAUGGCAAGGAAAGGGAGUUUGAAGCACUUAAGGUGGAGACUUAUCCCGUUAUUGUCAAUACCAACCUUGAUGACACUUCCCUUGAGAAACUCCUAGUUGUGUUGAGGGAGUAUAGGAGUGUCAUUGGGUAUGUCAUUGAUGACAUUAAGGGGAUAAGUCCCACGAUAUGCAUGCACAAGAUUUUGCUUGAUAAUGAUCAUGACUCCUCAAUUGAGCACCAAAGAAGGCUCAACCCCAACAUGAAAGAAGUUGUUAAAAAAGAGGGUAUUGUGUUGGGACAUGUUGUUUCUAGUAGGGGCAUUGAGGUUGAUCGUGCCAAAAUUGAGGUUAUUGAGCGCCUCCCUCCCCCCACUAAUGUGAAGGGUAUAAGGAGUUUUCUUGGACACGCGGGUUUUUACCGCCGGUUCAUUAAAGAUUUUUCCAAAAUCGCUAAGCCGCUCACUCAAUUGUUGGUAAAGGAUGCCCCUUUUGUGUUUUCUAAUGAUUGUUUGUUAGCCUUUGAUAGGUUGAAGGAAGCUUUGAUCACGGCUCCCAUCAUUCAACCACCGAAUUGGGAGCUCCCUUUUGAACUCAUGUGUGAUGCUUCGGACUAUGCCGUUGGAUCUGUGCUUGGGCAAAGGAAGGAUAAAAAGCUCCAUGCCAUCUAUUACACUAGCAAAACUCUUGAUGAAGCACAAAGAAACUACACAACGACUGAAAAAGAGCUCCUAGCCAUCGUCCAUGCUAUCGAAAAGUUUAGGUCUUACUUGGUGGGCUCCAAAGUUAUAGUUUUCACCGACCAUGCGGCUUUGAAGUACUUGCUGUCCAAGAAGGACGCUAAACCAAGGUUGAUUAGGUGGGUCUUGCUCUUACAAGACUACGAUAUAGAAAUUCGGGACAAGAAGGGUGCCGAGAAUGUAGUAGCCAAUCAUCUCUCACGGCUACCGAUCGUAGAAGGUGAAAUUGAAGCUUUGCCAAUUGAUGAUUCAUUCCCGGAUGAUCAAUUAUUCGCAAUCAUUCAAGCCCCGGCCCCAUGGUUUGCGGAUAUUGCAAAUUACUUGGCUUGCUCCAUCCUUCCUCCCGACCUCACCUAUCAACAAAAGCGGAAGUUCCUCCAUGAUGUCCGCCAAUACUUUUGGGAUGACCCCUUGCUCUUCAAACAAGGUGUUGAUGGUCUUUUUAGAAGGUGUGUCCCCGACGAUGAAAUUCAUGAAGUUAUCACAAUGUGUCACUCCUCACCUUGUGGAGGACAUAUGAGUGCUAACAAGACAUUGGCGAGAAUAUUGCAAUGCGGUUUCUAUUGGCCCUCUAUGUUCAAGGACGUAUAA